CUGAGGGUCCCAUUCUGCUGAGUUUUUUCCUCCUUCUAUGACAGCCCUGGAGUUCUACCUUACUUAAAGGCCCGAGAAGCGGAACCAGAACGUAAUCGUGCAGCGUGAAAGACAUGUAAGGAAGAGGAAAACAGACUCUCUAGCCCUCAGAUUUCAUGGAGCAGCCUGAGCCAGCCCCUCCAGCCGAAGCCUCCCCCACCUCACGGGUGGCAUCUGCCUCUCCAGCCGCCCCGGCCCCUUUGAUGUCCCCUUACUCAUCUUUCUCGUAUUCAGGAGAAGUGUGCAGGAUCGUCGCCUCCCAGAAAGAGAGGGCAGGGAUAUGGUUUCCUCAUCUUGGCCUGAUUGAAAAAACCCCAGAAUCCACCACAGCCACCAUGCUGAAGCAGCCUUACCUCCCGGAAAGCAGGCGUAAAGUGGAGGAUCUGCUGCCCUUCCGCUACCAAUUCCGCCAGAAGCAAGCCAAUAAAAGCAACUACCCAUUUUCAAUGCACGAUAACAGGCACGGCUUGGAAUUCUGUGGUCAUGGCCUGGAUGAAGGACUAGGGCGCAGGAAGCACUUCGAUUCUAACAAUCUCAAUUAUUGGGCAAGUGGCUACGUACCCACCCCAGGUGAUAACUUAAGCACUUACCAAGCAUCAUACAUCGCCAAGCCAAAAGCAAAGGGCAUGUUCUUUCGACUCUUUCCAAAACAUCAUUGUAACCGGUGGAACGCUCAUUUUAUGUGAGGAUGGAGACAUCUCUGAUGAGAAGAAGUAUCGCACAUUUUCCAUCAAAUCCUAAUCUUGGGAGGUUUUCUCAUUCUUUUAUGUAAGGGUAUAAUAAAAAAAGGUCCUUUUAAUUCAAGACCACUUUGAAAACACAUAUUUAGGAGCAGAAUGGGGAUACUAGAAAGCCUUGGUUUCAUAGUCAGAGUUGGGAUGUGUAAGUUUCUUUAAACAGCAAAAUGUCCGUGGAAUGAUUGUACUGGGGAAGGGGAACACCACCCUCAACCGUUUAUUACAAUAAUGUCAUCUUCAUCUGUAGAUUUAAGAAAAAUGCUAUUUAGGAAAAGAGAAAUUCCUUAAUUGUUUAUUUCUGCAUUAUAACCCAAGUUAUGUGGGCAAGACCUGUUGUUGUGCGAUAUGUUAUUAGCGUAAGACAUGUUGUGUGAUAUGUUAUUAUAUGAACAUAUGUUGAUAAAUAGAAAUCAAUUCGUUGAGAGAACUCAUCGUCAAUAAAUUUUGUAUUGUGAUCAAUGCAA